AAUCAUGUUUGUCUCUUUUCAGCUCUCGGUCCAAUAUUACCCCAGUUGAACGUGUUUGGCCGUCAACUGGGCAUAUCGCCGGGCGUGAUGGGGCUCGUGACCGCGGUCCUGCCGCUAUUCUGGGCUCUAGCUAAGCCGUUGUUUGGAUAUCUUGUUGACUAUUGGCCAAAUCACAGAAAGCUAGUGUUCAUGUUAUUAAUUACAGUAAUGACAGGCUCCUAUUGUGGGUUAUGGUUUAUUCCAAUGCCAGAAGAGCCACCAGAACCGAACCCUGGAUAUUUAGAAUACGUAUACCGACUCAACGAUACUGUAUACAUUAAGAGAAAUCCCACUUCUGGUAUUCAAACAAAUCCCAGCUAUGAUAUUUCAAAUUCCGAAUUGGAAAAGUAUAAAUGCCACUGGUCAUGCACCAAUGAGACUUCAUUUGAAGUUUAUCUAUCAAAUGAUACAUAUGUAAACACAAUAUAUGUAGACAAUGUUGACAACACAACUUGCUCGUUCUUGCAUAUGGAUUUUGAUGAUACAAGAGAGGGAGAGAUAAUAUGUAUUCCUAAACAGAGUUGUAAUUUACUAUGUUUUGAAGAUGACGGUUUGAAUGUAACUAAUUAUUUGAAUAACACUAGAUUAAAACGCGGUAUUGACUCAAAAGAUGUGACAAACCAGUUAAAAAACGAUGCCAAAGAAGAAAAACGGACAAAUGACACGAAGGUUUUGGAGCAAAGUGGAGGCGAUAGUUUUUACAUGACAGCCGCGUUUUGGUCUUUCGUCGUUUUGAUGUGUGUGGGAACGAUAGCGUUUAACGUUGCGAAUUGCAUUGGAGACGCUGUGUGUUUCGAUGUUUUGG